CCGGAGCGGUCCUACGGAGCCCUUGCCACUGGCAGCCGCCGCGAUGCCGUGCCCUCCGCUGCUGCUCGCCCUGGCCUUGACCUUGACCCUGACCUCCGUCCCUGGAGGCCACGCCCAGCCCGAGGCGGCCCAGGAAGAGGCGACCCUGGAGCACCCGGGCCUGGACGCUCUUCAGCGCCAGGCGGAGCGCCUCCUCCUCCUCCGGGAAGACCUCCACCGCCUGCGGGGGGACCUGGGCGAGCUCUCAAAGUCCUUGGUCCUCCGCAGACUCGACCGGCUCUCCAAGCGUCAGCAUCCAGGCAAAAGGACGGCGGCGGCGGGAGAGGGCCUGGAAGAGGCAGAGGAGGAGGCAGAAGGGGGGCCCGUGGCGCCCCACAAACGGCAGCACCCAGGCCGCCGCUCCCCCUGGCUCUCGUAUGCUGUCACCAAGAGGCAGCACCCAGGCCGCAGGCUGGCGGACCCCAAGGACCCCAAGGGCCAAAGGAGCUGGGAAGAGGAGGAAGAGGAAGGAGACGGGGAGGGAGCGCUGGUUCCCGAGAAACGGCAGCACCCAGGCAAGAGGGCCCUGGAAGGCCCUUGCGGGCCCCCGGGGGCCUGCCGCCCAGCAGGCCUCUUGCUGGGGCUCCUGGGUGACCUGAGCAGGGACCAAGGCGACGAGGAGCAGCAGCCGCAGCCUCCGCGGUGGGCGGCCUGGGUCCAGGAGCCCCUGGAGGAGUGAGCUCGGUUUCCCCAAUUCCCGAUUUCCAGUUUGGGGGGGGGCGAUGAGCCCUGUGUGGCCCUCCCUUCCACAGCCCCCCACCUUGGACCCCUAAGCCUGGACCCCAGCCCUCUGUGUGAUGUGCACCCGCGCUCAGGCAAAGGGGGCAGAUCUCAGAGCCCCCUCCCCAGGCCCCAGCCCCUUCCCUCCCGCGCCAGGGUCCUCCCAUGUCUCCUAAGGGAACCCGAAAGAGGACCAGGCAAAGGCCCAAAGCGUGGAUGUCCAAAUCUGCUUCUAUCCUGGGGGGUGCCCUCCCCUCUCUGGGCCUCCUGUGGCUCUGCUGGGUUUGGGGCAGGGGACACAGCCACUGGAAACUUAGAGAAUACAUGUAAGAGUGUCAGAGACGGCCCUGGAGGUCGGGCUUGUAGACAACCCCACCAGCACGUCGUCCCCUUUCCACAGUGUCCUG